AUGCAGUAUCUGCUGCUGCCUGCUACACAAACUAGAACCAAAAUUGAUUCUUGUCCAGAUCCUUCAGAUAUUCUAUUAAGGGCCUUUUUCUUUUCCCCUAUAUUGGCUCUCAGUCUAAAUGGAUCAGUAUUGAAAAUAAACAUGUUUAUGUGCACACCCUUGUCACUAACCCAACCUUUCCUAAGUUUCUACAACUCUUUUGGCUUUUUGAAUGAAAUAGAUGGAUGCCUCUUCGGCUCUUCAUAA